AUGGCCGAUCUUGAUGUUGCCCGUCACUAUAACAUACCCUCCGAAUUCCCCGAAGAAUGGCCAGCAGCGCUAGAUGAGGACGAUGCGUCCGAUGAAGAGCCCCUGGAACGAACCAAGUCCCGACCCCGCAAGUCGCGCUACUUUGCUCUCGAACGCACCCCCAGCGACUGGCGGAGUGGCUACGGCUCGCAACGGCGUGGAAAGGAUACCAGGGAGAAUGCGCAAAAUGAUGAACCAGAUCCGCUGGGAGGAGGGGAUAGCGUCAUGCGUAUCUUGAAGCAAAAGGGCUUGCGUCUAGAGGAAGAGGGGGGUAAACGUUCACGGUUUCUGCUAUCGUCAACAUCCUUCUCCCCCGCGCUCUUCCUGUCCCAGGCCCACCACUCAGACUCAAUUGAAUCGCUCAUGGCGGGCUUAGAUCAUCUCUCUCAAUCUAUCGAUCAGAAGUCGGCGUCCCUAAAAGUUUUGGUGGAAGCAAACUUCGAGCGUUUUGUUCGCGCCAAGGCAACCAUCGAUAGUGUAUACACGGAAAUGAGAGAUCAAGGCGUGACAAAGGAAGCAAGCCUGGCUCCACGUAGGUCAGGACACUUCCGAAGCUUAUCGGGGCAACGGGGAUUAUCUCCUUCGCCCGCAACUGUAGGCCAGGCUCCCCCUCGCAAGACUGCCCUGGUCAAGGAGAGUGAUUACGGGUUGAAAGGCAUCCGAGCUCCUCUUGUUGAGGCGUCCGUCAAGGCCGAGGAAGUUUGGGGGCCUGCCCUUGGUGGCCGUGACCGGGAACAGAUACUGAAGUCAGUCGUGGAAACGAUGGAGAAACAGCGCGACGUAUACGAGAUUGGAAGCCACCUAUCCAAAUCAAUCCAGCAACGUGACUACGACUCUGUUUUUGAAGAAUACACCAAGGCAAGGACUCUGGCAAAUCGGGCGAAGAGCAUUGUGGAGCAGGCCUCCAGCUCGCGUCGGCAGCUAUCUGAUCAUGAAGCGCAUACAAUCUUGGCAAUGGGGCGGAUGUGGAUGGAUGUAGAUGAACAAAUUCAUGCUUUCAAGCGUGAUCUGUGGAGACGACUCAACGACGCUCCCACCACUUCCACGACGAGCACUGUUUCGGGCCCGGUUGAGGAGCAUAUGGAGCUUAUCGGGGCGCUAUUGGAGUUGGGCGUUGAUGAUAAUCCCAUUUGGGUAUGGCUUCGCAGCCGCUACGAGUUUCUCAAAACUAAAAUCACUUCAUUCUGUGACCGCUGCAAGGUGGAGAUUGAGAUUUUGAGACGCCGGCUUGCAGGUGGGGAGAAACCCACCCCCCAAGCCGUAGCAUCUUACCUUCGCCUGGCCCCUCGUGACGGCGCCGCAGACAGCCCUGCAAACCUCGACACAGACCACGUCAUUGAGCUCUGGGACUGCAUUCAGGCAUUCCUCACGCGGCUUCUCUCAUCGCAGGGUGGUUUAUUGGGCGAAGUCCUGGAUUUCUGGGAAGUUGCACACGCAUUCAUUGACGGAAGUCGUCAGCGACUACUUCCAGUUGGCUUUGAAGGCGAAAGUCGGAAGCAUCACCGCCUUACUCCUGGAAAUGUAGAGGAGCUCGAAAGGGGUGUUGUGGAAUUGGUCAAUUUGAUACGAGAUAAUGUUCUUGCCCUCUUCAAUGACCCGCCGACUGAGGAUAUAUCCCUUUUAUCUUCUCCUAUUCCACAGAGUCCAACAAGUCCAGCAUCCCAUGGAGUCACGCCGACUGAAUCUCGUUUCAAAUUAGAUCCGAAGAAUCUUCCCAUACCUGCCCCUCAGCGGGGAGAGCACUGGGAGGGCUGUGCCUUCUGGCCACCCUUUUCCAACUCCCUCAGUGGUGUCCACUACUUGAGUAAAUUUCUCAUUAUCAUUGGUACCGCCGCGAGUGAGAUGGCGGCGUUGCGCCCAGUUACCCACAGUGGAUCAACACAUGAUCUUCUGAAAAAUCUCGUGAGUGUCGCCCGAGACAGAUCUGCCCGUGUUGCAUGCGCCGCAUGGAGUAAGGAUGCAGAGUCUUGCAAGAUGCUGGAGGACUGGACGAGAGAUUCCGAAAAGCGAGACUUGACCAAGAUGCCUGGCUUGUUUGUGGGCUUUGAGAGUGCCAUCCUGGGUGGUAUGCAGAAGAUUCUGUACAUCUCUGAAGCCAUGAGCAAAUCUGGAACUGUUGACGUCGUCACCCAGCCACCUGCAAAACUGCUCCAGAUGGUUCGCACACAGUUUGUCUCCAGUGUCUAUAAGGCGCUCAGUGGAUUAGUGGAAAACGCAGAGCGAGUCACCGCCUCGGAAGAAGAGAAUGAAUGGGUUAUUAGCCGGCCAGUCAUGGCAAGCCAGGCCCUCGAUGCUGCUUUGUCCGUACUCGCAGCCGACUCUGUGGACUCACAGAAUAGGAAUGUGCGGAUUCUUCUUACCCUUUCCAACCUCAAGGCUCUUCAGUCCGAGUAUGUGCCGCAGUUGAUCUCCAACUUUGAGACCUCCUUUUCCGUUAAAUUGACGGAAGAGGGCAAGACGGUUCGGGACGUUUUAAAGCAAAUUGAAGAUCGGCUGUUUGUAUCAUACACCAGUCCAACCAUCUCCUUGCUGAAGAAGACCAUCUCGAACGGCAUCGAGUCUCCAGACUGGGUGCCUAAGACCGAUCGGCCUGACCAAGUUCGCCCUUACGUCUACAAUACCCUGUUGACUCUGGUCCUGGUACACACCGAGAUUUCCACUACUGUACCCUCCACGGUUUCCGCAGGUGCUAGCCGUUCAUCGCCAAAUACUCCGUCGUCAUUACUCACCACUGUACUCACCCAUCUAUUGGUGCAAAUAUCGACGGCUUUGGUCACUUCCUUCCGUUCUCGGUCCAGCUUCUCGCUUGCUGCUCUCAUGCAAGCCACCCUGGAUACUGAGUUCAUCGCACAGACCCUUUCCCAGUACUCGACCGAUGAGGCAUCUGGAAUUCAAAGUCAGAUCUACGUGGAACUGGAUCGUCGCACGACAAACGAAGCUCGCACCAAAUUGCAGGCCGACCUGGGCGAGAUGCGAAAUGUAUUGAAACGAUUGAGAGAUCGGACAAAGGGCGAGUUUGCCUGUUUCCGCAAGCCUCGCAGCGGACCUAAGAACCCCUCCGCAUAG